GUGUCACUUCCGGUGUCAUAUCAACAACUAUGGCGAAGACGUACGACUAUUUGUUUAAACUGCUGUUAAUCGGGGACUCUGGGGUGGGAAAGACGUGUGUCCUCUUUAGGUUUUCGGAGGACGCCUUCAAUUCAACGUUCAUAUCUACCAUAGGCAUAGAUUUCAAGAUCAGGACAAUAGAGCUGGAUAGCAAGAAGAUCAAGUUGCAGAUAUGGGAUACAGCCGGCCAGGAGCGCUUCCGAACAAUCACAACAGCCUACUACAGAGGAGCAAUGGGAAUUAUGCUUGUUUACGAUAUCACCAACGAAAAGUCCUUUGAGAAUAUCAAGAACUGGAUAAGGAACAUAGAGGAGCAUGCAUCGUCUGAUGUGGAGAGGAUGGUUCUUGGCAAUAAAUGUGACAUCAAUGACAAGCGACAGGUGUCUAAAGAGCGAGGCGAGAAGCUUGCUUUGGAGUACGGAAUCAAGUUCAUGGAGACGAGCGCCAAGGCCAACAUCAACGUGGAGACUGCCUUUUUGACACUUGCAAGGGACAUCAAAUCCAAAAUGGACACAAAAAUGGAGGGGAACACGCCGCAGGGGAGCAGUCAAGGAGUGAAGAUUUUAGAGCCCCGCAAAAAGUCCAGCUUCUUUCACUGUAGCCUCCUUUGAGGACGCUUUUCAAGGCCUUAUUAGAACCCGCUCUGCCCAGACUCGUGCUUACUUUCCUCUCAUUUUCUUCUUCUCGCUCCUCACCCUCGUGGACUUCCUCCCUCCCAGAGGACGCUAUCUCUUCUUCUCCUCCUCCUCUGAGAGCUUCCAGUGGUGCAUCUCUUUCAGUGGUCAGAGAUUCUUUGUGGAUCAGAACACAGAUGGUCCAUGUCGCACAAAGGCAGGCUAGUACUGAUGUUUGUUUUCUUGUUUGUCUACUCAUGCAUCACACAGGUGCUAGCACAACUUUUGGAGGGUCGCUUCCUGACGACUUUGAGAGGGGAAUCAUACAAAUGUGAUAUUUAGAAUUAUUUUUUGGAGCGCUUCCCCAGCCACCCCCCUUUUUUUAUAUAUAAAUAUGUUUUUGCCAGAAACCGAUAAGCUUGAACAUCCGGGAUACAUAUCCAUUCCUUUCAUUUCACAUGCAAGUAUAACGCAGGGGUUUCUCUCUGGCCUGUGUUCGACAAUCAUUUGCCUUCCUCAAUCAGCAACAUGAAUUGAACUUACGAAGAACAAAUGAAAGGCUCACAGUUGGGUUGAGUCAGGCUUGUUUUUUUGGGGGGGGGGCAUCGGUGUCAAGCUAAAUGACAUUUCUGGCAACUCUUCUCCACCCUCAAUUCUCCUUGCACUUUACACAGUAGCUCUUGUUUUGUGCAUAGUCCAUACCAACUUGCAAUACAUUUCCAUGGCGUCACAUUGGGAACCAUUCCAUUUUUGUUUAUCUCUUGUUUAACUGCUGGUGACGCCAGUAUUUGACUGACAACUCACCCUUUGCAUUUAUGCCUCAUCACUUGUAUUGUCUAUUUAUAAGAAGCUCUUUUUUCUAUGGUGUUAUUUGUACAGUAGAAAUUAUUUGGCUUUAUACGCAAAAACAGACUUAAAGGCAUCAGUACUGUUUGUGGAAAAAAAAUAUUACAAUCAGGCUUGAUCAGUAUUUAAGGAAGCUCAUUUGGUGCACGUGUUUCAAUGCAAUCCAACACAGCAGCUUGGCCGAGCUUCCAUUAACAUCAAAGCUGCUGCAUUGGAUCCCUUUCAAAGUGUACCUAAUCAUGCGUCCUCCGCUUGCAGUCUUUUUGUCGUGUCCUCACCUAAAAGUCAAUGUGGACCUUGUGAACCCCGUCCCGUGUCUUUUUGUCAUAAUAGCUCGGUGCGGUCCAGUGAGCUAUGCAUCGUGAAUCUUGGACCUUUUGUGUGUGCUUUUAUUAAUGUUCAUCCUUGAGCCAAAAACAGGACUGUCAUAUCUAUAAAAGAAAAAAACAUUUCAAUGCAAUCUAACGUUUUGUGGUUGGGAUGUUCCAAGUGAUGCACUUCCCUUUCCCUAUCUUUGUAUCACUUUGACUCCCAUUGCUUUGCACACAAUCAUUGUGUUAGCUGUUUCUGGAUGUGUUCACACUUGUCAUGCUUGGUUCGGUUAAAAGAAACUCUGGUGCAUUUGUUGUGAUAGUACAGUUCGUUUGGUCAAGUGUGAAACCUGGUGCUCACCAAACAAGCGGGCCGAGACUGCUUGAGAGAUGGGUCUCGGUUAGGGAUGCACCGAUACACAUUUUUUUCACUUCCAAGCCAAUCUCGAUACGUGAAUCUCUCGAUCCAGAGCUGUGUUUUCUUGAAUAUGCAACAACUCCAAAAGAAUAUCAGCGAAUGUAGACGUCUCCACAGAUGCAGCACCGUGCACAAGCGCUCAGCCUGACGCAUUCAAGGCUUCACAAACAGUCAGACAACACAGAACUCAACAUCGCACAUAACGAGACUGCUGCGGUGCAUGGGUGAAGAGAGCUCCCUUUGCUGAUAUUCUUCUAUCUACGUUUGCUAACAACAUUAAAGCACAGACGUGACUCAGGGAUGGGAAAUCUCCGCAGGUGGUAUCGUAAAUUUCCGAUACGCUGGCAUCGGAACCUGAUAUCGCCCCAUCCCUAGUCUCUGUCCCCUUGCAAGUGACUAAUGGCGCGGUUUGGUUCACUUGAGCUGAAAUAAUGAAAUGUGUGUGUGAGAAAACUGUGCUCUUUAAAAGUAUAUUUUCAAAGUUUUUUGGUGAAAUCUAAGCUGUUAAGUAAAUACAGCAGAGUAAAAUAGCUUACAUUUUCACCUAGCAGACGUGGUUUGGAAUAUUGCAGUUAUGCCAUGAAAGCUUCCCAAUCAAGUCCUUGCUUUUUUUUUUUUUUUUUUUAUGUUUUGAUCCAGACCAGAGUUCCGAACCCUACUAAGUGUGAACGCAGCCGUGUCAUUGCAGUUGUGGAAACACAUGAUUCCAGUGUGUUUACAAACCACUCACCCAACAAGUGUUCGCGUCCAGCAGACUUCAAAAUUAGACCUUUUUUAAAUGUUACAUCCUGUAUUUUUACACUCAUUUCAUACAUUUGUGAAGUACACAUAACAACAUAGUGAAUAUUCUAUAUUGAGAGUUCUACUUAUUAUACUGUACUUUCUAAAGAUGUAUCUGCAAUUUGUAGGGAAGUCUAUACUUUUUUUGAUUAAAUAAAAACCAAGCGAAGUU